AUGUCUUUCCGGGCGAUGAUGAACCAGCGGGCUGUGGCUCCGAUCGCAGCCACCCUCCUCGCUGGAGGCUUGACCAUGUACCCUCAACAGGUUUACGCCGAGGAUCUUCGCGACCGCAAGCCCAUCUACGAUGACUAUCCAGCCGAAGUCGCGGAACCUACCAAGCCUACAGCCCCAGCCUCCCAGGCGAUUCCUGUGCUCACAACGCAAUCUGCUUCUACUUCGCCCACGCCCACAGACAUCCUGACAGCGCAGGUCCGCCAAGCUCGCCUUUUCCUAUACUCCCACUCUCUUGCCGCGGAGAAUAGCUUCAACAACAUCCUCUCCCGCGCCCUACACGUCGAGAAUGCCUUCACCAACACCAUUGCCUCGCUGGCCCCCUCGCCCGAAUCCGGCGAGCGUUUGACUCCCGGUGGUGUCUACGUGAUCGUGUCUGCCAUGGCCGGCUCCAUUGUGUCACGGAACCGUGGUAUCAUCCUUCGCACCCUGUCACCUCUCGCUUUCGGCACUGUCGCAGCUUGGACUCUCUUGCCCGUGACUAUGAGAAACGUGUCUGAUCUUGUCUGGGAAUAUGAGAAGAAAUAUCCCGUGGUCGCGGAUCAGCAUCUCGCGAUUCGGGAGAAGGCAGAGCACAUCUGGUAUACUGGAAUCGCGCACAGUGGCAUGGCUCGCCAAAUGAUGGAGAACAAGAUUGGUGAAACCCGCAAAAAGCUCGAGGAGGUGGUGAGCAAAGGUCACUAG